GACUGGAACCAUGGAGGGCGCAGAAGACAAGAAAAAGAAGGCUCCUGCUAAGCAAGAGAAGGCUCCUGCUAAGCCAGCAGCAGCAGCAAAAUUAGAGAAGAAAAAGAAGCUUCCUGAUGUUCCAGAAACCUUGAAGAAAAAGCGCAAGAAUUUUGCAGAGCUGAAGAUUAAGCGCCUGAGAAAGAAGUUUGCCCAAAAGAUGCUUCGAAAGGCAAGGAGAAAGCUGAUCUAUGAAAAAGCUAAGCAUUAUCACAAGGAGUAUAGACAGAUGUACAGGACAGAGAUUCGGAUGGCUAGAAUGGCAAGAAAAGCUGGCAACUUUUACGUUCCUGCUGAACCCAAAUUGGCUUUUGUCAUCAGGAUCAGAGGUAUCAAUGGUGUGAGCCCUAAGGUCCGAAAGGUGCUGCAACUUCUUCGCCUUCGCCAGAUCUUCAAUGGCACCUUUGUUAAGCUGAACAAGGCUUCAAUUAACAUGCUGAGGAUUGUAGAACCCUAUAUUGCGUGGGGGUAUCCAAACCUGAAGUCAGUAAAUGAGUUGAUCUAUAAGCGUGGUUAUGGCAAAAUCCACAAGAAGCGAAUUGCCCUAACAGAUAAUGCAUUGAUUGCCAGAACUCUUGGUAAAUAUGGCAUUGUUUGCAUGGAAGAUCUGAUUCAUGAGAUCUACACUGUUGGAAAACGCUUCAAAGAGGCAAACAACUUCCUCUGGCCCUUUAAGUUAUCUUCUCCUCGAGGUGGGAUGAAGAAAAAGACCACCCAUUUUGUAGAAGGUGGAGAUGCUGGCAACAGGGAAGACCAGAUCAACCGGCUGAUUAGACGGAUGAACUAAGGUACCUACCAUAUUUUUGUAAUCUGGUCAAUCAAUAAACAAUUGCUUUCAAAUUGGAAUAGAAUUGGUGAUCCUUUUUUGCUAAACUUUUUUGCAGUCUCUUACCUGUUAAGGCAAUUCUUUACAAAUAAAUUAAGUCAGAAUGAUA